GGAAGUCACCCCCCAAAUCUCUCUCUCUCUCUCUCUCCUCUCGUCUCCUCUCUCACACUGUAGGAAUUUGAGGUUUCAACCCCUCAUAUCAGCAGUUCUUCACACUGUUUACUAAAGAUGGAAGAACACGACCUAGCCGACAGACUGACGGAGAACCCAAUGAAAGAGACCAAAGAAAACGGUACAGCGACGUUUUCCCAGUUCUCCUCCAGCGUACGCGCCAUGGUGCGGAUUCGCCAGAAAUACCAGGCCCUCAAGAAACGUCGCAUGGAGAUCACGAUAGCGUCUGCGUCCCAGAUCUUCGCAUCUUCACGCUCCUCCAGCCCUAAAGUUUUCACGUUUGAUGAUAUUCCCAUCAACAGUAACCUAUCUUCCCCUCGCAAACGGAGGAAACGGAAGGGGCGAGUUUUGUAUCCCAACAACAAUUUGAGAGCCGUACCGACAAAAGAGCGCAGCCAAGCGAAGAAAUGCCUGUACUUGUUGUGCGUAAUUGUCUUUCUACAGAUUUACAAUGCCAUCGAGAACCUGGACGACCACGUGCUCAAGUAUGAUCUAGACGGACUGGAAAAGACUCUUAAAAGAGAAGUGUUCGGCCAACAGGAAGCCACUGAGAGACUUCUGGGUCACUUGCAAGAUUACCUGUCGACUUACGUUCACAAUAAACCUUUGGUGUUGUCGCUUCACGGACCUACGGGAGUUGGUAAGAGCCACGUCGGUCGCUUGUUGGCUCAGCAUUUCCGUUCAGUGGUUGGCGACCAGUUAGUGAUGCAAUACUUUGUUCUACACCAUUGCCCAACAGAUGACGAUAUCCCACGAUGUAUAAAAGCUCUGAGCGACCAGAUCUCAAUGACGGUCACUCAAGCUGAGGAAGAAGAGAAGAUACCGCUGUUCAUCUUCGAUGAAGUGGAACACAUGCCCGGCGAGUUGCUGGACACGUUGCGCGAUGUCAUUCGUCCCCAAAACAACAACGAAUACUUGAAUGCAAUCUACAUUCUCAUUGGCAACCUGGGGCAUGAUGACAUCACCAAAUUCGUCCUUCACAACUCCAGCGUCUCCGCAUCAGGACCCUUGAGCUUGACUCAAGAACUGACCCCAUGGCUGCGCAACUACCUGCACGGGUACCACCAGAUAUUUCAAGAAGUGGAAUUAAUACCUUUCACGCUUUUAGAGAAAAGCCACGUCAUGGACUGUUUUACGGACGAGAUGUCCAGAGAAGGAUUUUAUCCCGACCGCUCACACGUAGAAAGACUUGCGGAGGAACUUUCCUAUUAUAUGGUAGGCGAGCUGGAGUUCUCUCAUAGCGGAUGCAGGCAGGUUGUGGCGAAGGUGAAUCUUCUCUGAUCCUCGGAGUCUGCUGUGCAGAUGGGAUAUUACUCAGACAGGAGACUAAUUAAUGACGGUCAUUUCAUUCAA